CUAUUAAUUCCAUAAAACACAUACCUUUAGGACAAUGCACGUGUAAUCGAGAGAGAGAAAAGUGUGUAUACAAAACUAUAGAAUAAUAAAUAAUAGAGACUCUACCUUAAGAAAGACGAUAAAGAAUAUUUGCAAGAAAAACAUUCCCCUUUAGUAUUUCAUUUGCAACCAUAAAAUUCUUAGUUGACCAAACUAUACACACACAAACCCUCACAUGUCUAGAACCAAAAGCUAGCUAGGUAAUUCACAAGAAGGAAACAAAAAACCAAAAGAUAUAUAGCUAAGAUAUUCAAAAUCCAAUUUAGGAUUUUCAUUUCAUAAAAAAAAAAGGGUAUGGAAGGAGAAAGAGAUGUUCCUAAUUAUGAGCUUCAAGUUUCAUUCACAAACACUCCUCAAGCUAUCCAUGAAAUGGGUUUUGUUCAAUUUGAAGAAAAUCAUGUUCUUAGCUUCUUGUCACCCUCUACACAAUCUCAACCUUCUCUUUCUCAAUCUCUAAAUUCCGGCGGUAGCACUACCAACGUCGCUACCGGUUCAGCUGCCACAACCAGCACCACGACCGCCGGAUUUAGCCAUAAUGAUCUUGUUACAAGAAUUCCUUGGAAUAAUGAACAGGUGAGAACUCUAGAUCCUAAAGCUGUGAGUGAUGAGAAUUGCACUGGAAAUACUAGUGAUGGCAACAACACAUGGUGGAGGAGUGGAGGGUCAGAGAAGAGCAAGGUGAAAGUGAGGAGGAAGCUUAGAGAACCAAGGUUUUGUUUCCAGACAAGAAGUGAUGUGGAUGUACUUGAUGAUGGUUACAAAUGGAGGAAGUAUGGUCAGAAAGUUGUCAAGAAUAGUCUUCAUCCAAGAAGUUAUUACCGUUGCACACAUACCAACUGUCGGGUGAAAAAAAGAGUUGAAAGACUCUCAGAAGAUUGUCGUAUGGUGAUAACUACUUAUGAAGGAAGACACAAUCACACUCCUUGUGAUGACUCUAAUUCUUCUGAACAUGAAUGUUUUACCUCUUUCUGAUCCAAAAAUGCCAUUUCAAUAAAACAAUUAUGUUUAAAUUAAUAAUUAGUUGUGAUUU